AUGCCGGUGGUGUCUGCAUCGGCGGUUGGCAUGGCGAACCCCGUGCCGAGUCGCAGCGAGCUGUGGGCAGACAAGUACAAGCCGCGCUCCAUUGCUGAGAUGUGCUACCCGGUCUGCGCGAACAAGCUGAAGGCGUGGCUGGAGGGCUUCACACCGAUCGGUAGCCCCGGCGAUGAUCCGAAGAAGCCGCAUGGCGUGCUCCUGUCUGGGUCUCCAGGUGUGGGCAAGACGACGACCGUGUACGUGGUAGCGCACGAGCUCGGCUGCACCGUUGUGGAGUACAACGCGAGCGACUUCCGCAGUCGCAAGUCGCUCAAGGAAAACGUGUCGGACCUCGUCAACAACCGCGCCUUUUCCGCGCGCGCCACAUCGUACACGAACGUGAUUCUGUUAAUGGACGAGGUGGACGGCUGCGACAUCGGCGGUGUCGGCGAGGUGAUCGAGAUGCUCAAGUCCACCAGCAUCCCGAUCCUGUGCACGUGCAACGAUCGCUGGCACCCCAAGCUGCGCUCACUGCUCAAUUACGUCGAGGACAUGCGCUUCAGCCACCCGCCGUGCAACAUCGUGGCGAACUACCUGUGCGACCGUGUCCUGGCGCGCGAGGGCAUUUCGCUCUCCAAGCCGCUCCUGCAGGAUAUUAUCAAGAAAUCCGGCAGCGACAUCCGAAGCAUGCUCAACAACCUGCAGCUCUGGUGUCUGAGCCGCACCUCGCUCGAGCAGCGGCAGCUGGCCGAGUGCGCCGCGCAGUCGACAAAGGACAGCGAUGCCGGCCUCUUCGACGCCGCCGAGUACUUCUUGCUGCAGGGCACGUCACGUGGGGAACGGCACUCCAUCGUGGAGAUGCAGGCCUGCUACUACAACGCCGACCUAGUCGACAUGUUUGUGCAGGAGAACUACCUGCACUACAACCCGCAGCCGGUGGAUGGGCGGGAUUGGAUGGAGGCUGUCUCGCAGGCCGCCACAUCCAUCUCGCGGUCGGACGCGGCGCAGAGAAUCAUGUAUUAUCAACAGAACUGGUCCGUGUCCCGCUUCCACGUCUUGUCCUCCAGCAUUGCCCCAUGUGUGUACACGCGCGGCAAGUACGAGACCUUCAUGACGGGGCAGCAGAAGUUCUUCGACAUGCAGCGACCGGUGAAGUUUCCGACGUGGCUCGGGCACAACUCCUCCGCGAACAAGAAUCGCCGUCUGCUGCGCUGCGUCGCCAUGCAGGCGUCGCACCCGGCGAAGGGCGUGUCCGGGAGCCAAGAGGACGUGGUGGUGGACUACAUACCGCACGGCUGGGAACGUCCGCUGACGGUGCCACUGGUGACGAAGGGGAAGGACGGCAUUGCCGACGUCAUCGCCUUCAUGGAUCAGUACCACCUCAUGCGCGAUGACUGGGACCUCGUGCAAGCGCUGCCGCACUACAAGCACAUGCAGUCCCCGAGCUCCAUGACGCCGCCGGCCAACAUCGCCACCGCCGUCAAGAGCGCCUUCACACGUGAGUUCAACAGGACGCAUCGCUUUGACAGCUUCGCGAAGAGCACGCUGAAGCGCGGCGAUGGGGAGACGCAAGACGACGACGAGGGCGGUCAGAGCAACGGCGCCGGCGCCAAUCGAAAGGCUGGGAAGGUGAUUGCGGACGGUGUGACGGCUGUGAGCGUCACGGGAGGCAAUGACGCCGCUGCCACGAAGAGGAAAGGAAAAGCAGCUGCGGGCGCUGCCACUACAUCGACGACAGCAACAGCGACACGCAAGCCACGGGCCAAGAAGAGCGCCCCGGCCGAAGGAGCUGCCAGGCCGACUGCGAAGAAGAAGGCCGCGACGAGCUCAACGCGGGCCACGGCCAAGGCAUCGACAGUGAAGACAACAGCGAAGCGAAAACGCGCGCGCGCGGCAUCAUCGGAGAGCGAGACAGACAGUGUGUCGUCAUCACCAUCGUCGUCCUCCUCAUCUGCGCCUUCUUCCUGCAGCAGCAGUGAUACCUCCGACAGUGAGUAG